AUGGCGGAUAGAACGGUUCAGGGAGAAUACGGCGUCACCGAUGCGAAGAAAACGGAGGAAUCAAAAGAGACGUUAGACGCGGAACAAGACGGCCGUGCACUGUAUCGCGCGAAUCAGCAACAGAGAUUACUCAUAUCUCUGCUCGUAUUCACUGUAAUAGCGUGGGUUAUUGGAAAGUACGAUGCGAAUAUCGCGUGGAUUUUAGGUCUUCUUGCGUGGAUUGUUCUUUGGUGGAAUAACAACGCCACCAAGGUUAUAGAUCUCGCUGCGAAGGAGGCCGAGAUUGACAGGAGACGACAGAGGGCUCUGUCAAACGCCGAGACGGUUGAGUGGUUAAACUUUUUGAUAAACAGAUGGUAAGUGUCUGUCGGCCAUAACUUAAAAGUGAGUGAAAAUGCGAAUAUUUUUUGUUCAAAUAUUUAAGUACUACAAAGCGACUGGCAUGAGCUAUAAGACAAAUAACUGUAUUGCAAAAACAAAGACACUUCAACCUAGAAACUUUAUUCAGAACUCGAUUAGGAUUACUGAAAGUUGACCCCCAUUUUCCCCAAGCUUAGAUAGAAACAGCUGUUAGAUUCAUUCUUUGCAGAAUAGAAGCUCCCGUGAAAUCGCUUAUACUUGUUUGGCUGGCCGGCUGAACGAACGAGUCCCUCGCGAUAGUCUUACAUAACGUCUUGAACAUACCAUCAGAACGUCUAGUUUUUUUCGAUACUGAUUUGAAACUACGGGUCGUGUUUAAAAAAGAGAUAAGAUUAAUCGCUGAAGUUACUUGGUAUUCAUUCUUUUCGGUUCUCCUCGAACUAUAACAAAAUUUAAAAAAUAAUAGAAAAUUAUUUCUACUGUAACACACAUUUUCAUUUAUCUGAGAAUCAGUAAACAAGAGGAUUAAAAAAUGCUGACUUGCAAGCUAUGACUGCAAAACCCCAAGAUGCAUUUGUCUCAUCUGCUUAAAAAUAUUUUUUAAGACUUAAAUUUUGAGAAAGAAUACAUUCACGUGACCUUUUUUAUGUAGCGUUUUAUAAGCUCAAAGUUACUUCAAACAAAAACAAUAGACACAAAAACCUUUGUUUUCCUUUUAUCUCUCGAGUUCUAUAUCGGGCAUAGAAUUCAACCUCAGCGCACAAUUUUCAUCAACUUUAGGAAACAACCACGCCAAAACUUUUAAAGUUGCAUGAAGCAGUAAUGGAAUUAAGUCAACUCUCAACCACAUCAUUAAAAUGUCUGUUAUGGAAUUAAUACAGUUUUACUUACGCAUAGCAUUAGAGGAAAGAACGCAAAAUAAAUCUUAAAACUCAUCAAAACAAAAACUUUUUUCACUUUACGCUGAUUUUCAUCACUUUCGUGCCGAAGGUGGUAGUGAAACUUCAUGAGGCCUUCGAUGAUAAAAGCUCAGUUUUAAAAAUAGCAUAAAUUAUUUACUAGAUAAUAUGGCGCAUACAUGGGACGAAAUUAAUUUGAUCCGAUCUGCGAAACGAGACAAUUACUGAUUUGAAGAUUUACAAAUUCUUUUCCAAUACCGAGGUGUUUUCCUUUAUCCUGAAAAGAGCCAAAAAUAUAUUUAGUUGGAAAAUCACGACAAGAAUCCAAUUUAAUACUUUCUCUCCGUCUUUCUCGUACUUAUCACUAAACCAGACUAGUUGCCAUUCAAUAUGCACAGUUCUUCUGAGAUGUAACACCUCUGUUGGCCAGAACCUCUUUACAACCUCUAAUUUGGUAGGUUCUUGUUGGCCCGAAGCUCUAUUGUUUCAGAGUUGGGGUUCAUUUUUAGUUUUGUUUGGGUUAGGGCUAUCUAUUGUUUUCUAAACCAAUCCUGUGAGAGUUUGCACAACAGCUACCAGUUAGGUUUCUUGUAAACUUUGUAAUUUCGAUCCACUGAGCGGCAACUUUUGUUUUAACCGUUUUAUACUGCAACAAAAUAUUAAUACACUUACGCAAACAAAGAGGAAACUGCGAUGGGUCGGUAGAAGAGAGUUAACGAGUAAAGUCUGACCUCAAGCGACCAGUACCCACAAAUGCUAAGAUUCAGUGCUCGCUUACGAGGGAAUUUUACGAGGGUCGAAACACAAGGGGUCUCUUUCGGGUAAAGGUCUGACAUAUCUACUGAUGAAAAAAAAAAUAAUUGCAUACAAGUUUCGAGUCAAAAUACGUGCCGUGCCAUGUUGAAACUCUGAGUAGCGUGGUAUGUACAGCGCACAUAAGUGGCAAGUGCUCGCUGGCAGGGGGUUAAAAACAAUGACAAAUUUUAAAAUCGUCAUCCCACAUGGUGGUAGAGGUCUUUUACGAGAGGUUCCAACUGUGGAAAAAUUUUGGUGUUUCGAUCAGUGGCCGGAUUUGGGAAGUCGUAACUUAUAGAGGGUUAAAGAUUCUCAUUGAGAUGUGAGGGUGUGGAAUAGGGGAAAAAAAGGGGGUGUCACCUCCAUACCCCUUGCACUUCUAUAGUGAGUGUGAUCAGAAUCUAUUUUCUCCUUUAAAUAACACAGCUGAAUCAUGAAUCACACAAACAGGUCAUAAGAAUCAAGGAUAAGAUCACCAAGUAAAAUCGGUUUGGAUUGUUAAAUGAAUUAUCCUCAUAAAUGCCACGUGACGUCACGGCGGCAUGGCAGUGGUUAAGAACAAAGGCAUUUCUCUUCUCUGGGAACUAAACUCCAUUUUCAUGAAUACUCUACGAAAAAAGCUAAUUGUAUUGACCAGCAACAUGGCCUCUUUCUCACGUAGUCGCAUACCAAGAAUAUGGAUGCUUAUAAUAGGCCAAGGCAAUAAAUUAAAGGGGAUGGAGAAUGUGCUAGUUCAUCAUCUACGGUGUAUUAAAAAAGCUUAAACAAAAUAAGUCUCCAUUAGAAUUCCAACUAACAUGACUGUCAUCUUGUAGGUUUGUUUUUAGCGACAGAUCGCUGCACAGCUUAAUCAAGAACAGUCUAGAUCCCAUACUGGAGUCACAGAAGCCGUCCUAUGUGGGUAAGAGCUUAGCUUGAUGGAACAUGAAGGAGAGUAUGCGAUAUUCAUUCGAACUGCGGGUUACAAGUUUAAAGAUAGAAAACUGUAGAGAAGACUAACUCAAGUAGAUUGUAGCGUUCAAAGGCGAUCUUCGUUUACUAACUGAUGUCGAAAUCGAAUGAUCAAGUUAAUAAAUGAUCGAUCGUUUAGCUCAAGACCGAACGGUUGAUAGAUUGAUUGCGGAUUGAUUGUUUGAUGGGGUGAGAGAUAAACUUACUCACGACGGUUUAUUAAUAAACUGAAUGAUUUUUGAUGUUCUCUUUAAGCCGAAAGCUUUGUUGGUAGCUUGUUCGACCGAAAAACAAAUGGUUAACUGGUCGGUUGUUUAGUUAAUUGCUCGACCUCCCAACUUAUCGAUUGACUUAUGACAAUUCACCGAGGCGGAUGAUUGAUUGAUUGACAAGUUGAUUGACCGCUGUUGGCCUAUGCUGUCAAGUUUUGAUCGUUUGCAUCACGCAGGUCAUAGGCUGCGUGUAUAAAAAGUGUUAGUAUAUACCUUUGUGAAAAUUACUUCGUCCCAUUUAAAGACAUCCAAGACGGUCAAGACAGUCUUGGAAUCUGGAUUCCUCGCUGUGGAUUUCGGAUUCCAUGUCAGUGGAACUUGUGUUCCGAAAUCCAAUAUUUAUCAGGAUUCCGGAUUCCUUGAGCAGAAUCGUGGAUUCCAAAGCCGAGAAUUCCGGAUUCCACGAGAAAAAAUUACCGGGUUCUGGAAUUCGGAUCACCUUACAUGGGGCGGAUCAUUAUACUCCUACCCCUCCCCUAAGCCAACAUUAAUACUUACUUCUCACUUAGGGCAAAAUGUUGGCUUAGGGGAGGGGUAGGUGGGCAGUUUCCCAGAAACGUAUAAUGACCCCAUGGUGCGAUUUAGUCAUAUUGAUUGCUUGAUUGAUUUGUUGAAAAUGUUGAUAUUUACGCUUUUAUUUUCUUCUGUUCAGGGUCUAUCGAGGUUCUGGACUUUACUCUUGGUAACAGAACACCAUACCUCAAGCACGUGACAAUCUACGAUAAUCCCGAUGAUCAGAGAUAUAUUAGAGCGUCCGAGCUCAACUUUAACCACCCUCCUGACGAUUUAAUAACUAGAGGGAAAUACCAAGUGGUUAUUCACCUCGACGUGGGUCUGACAUCACCCGAAGCUAGAUUUAUCAUUCGAAUGAGACUCGGGAACAAGGGGUAUGGACUAUCUUCUGUUUUAAGCUAAGGGCAAACGACGAAACAACUCCCGGCAUUGUGGACGGUAGCUUAAAGUUUGACCGGUUGAAAACUUUGCGCAACAACUCCCAACAACACGCAACAACAUGCAACAGGGUGUGCAACAAUGUUGGGAGUUUUUGGCCAACAAUGUUACGUCGGUUUGUACGGGGCUUUGGUAUUAAGGUGCUGUAGUGUUUUUCACAAAAAAAAAAAAACAAAAACAAAAGGCGAAAGAUGUUUUCCAGUCAGUGGUACAGGCGGCGCGGAAGGAAAAAUCCGAGUUCUCCCAAUCAAGAGUCAAACCUAUGACCUUCUGGGCCCAGUUGCUCGAAGCAUGGUUAGCGUUAACCAGCGUUUAAUACCUUGACAACGUAUUGGUUUUGAUACUGCUUAACCAAUGGUUAAAGCUAACCAUACUUUGAGCAACUCAGCCCAGGUUAUUAUUCAACCAGAUGCUCUACCAGUGAGCUAUAGACCAAAUGAUGAAUGAUGAAUUUUAAGUCUGGCGAAUACAUGAGAAAGAUGUUUCUCAUCUUUUUCAUGUAUUCUCCUUGACACAGGUUUUUGAACUAGGAAAGCAAUGACAAACCUAACUGAAUGCGGCGUAACUCUUCUUCACUUCUUUACAGGUUUCUUGGUACGUGUACCGACGUGGCAGUGGAGGACUUUCAAAUCAGUGGAAAACUCCAACUCGUGUUGUUAUUUAACCAAAAUGUUUCUUUUCCUCAUCUGGCCUCUGUGUCGAUCUGUUUCACAGAAGAGUAAGAGAAAUGUCCAUUAAAGCAAUUUAUACUCUUGACCGAGCGGUUAGGACGCUGGACUUGUAAUCCGGAGGCCCCAAAUCCAAGUCCAGCCCUGAACGCUAGCUGGAUUUGUUCCUUAUAGUCUCGAGUUUAAAUCCUUGGCCACGCUUGCAAAAUAGCGAACUGGUUCGUCUCCUACCAGUUGGGAUGCAUGUCAUGUUCUAUUUGAGUUAUUUGUUCCAUUAUCUCUGAAACGCCCCAUAAGGGAGAGGAUAAUUUGGAGCAUUUUAUUAUUUUUAUUGUUAUUUGUUAUUGAGGGUAAAAUUAGUUCCUCAGAUGGCUCUUAUUUGUCUAUCUAAAUUAAGGCCAAAAUAAUUUAACUUUCGAAGUCUCAUGGAUCAAUGAGCUGAAAUGAGUUACAGAAUGGGCUAAAAAAUUCUUUGGUGGGGAUGUUUUGGCCCAAAUCGUCCUAAAUUAGCUCCUAAAGAGGUUGAAUUAGAUAUUGAGUUUCCAGUCUCUCGUUCAACAUCAGUUGGCAAAAAAAAUUUCUUUAUGAAAUACUUGGUUAUCUCCCCCGCGAUUUUUCGGAAAUCUGACUAAAUGUUAACACAAGAAAGUAAACGAAAAAGUAGUAUGACCUUUUCAAUUGCAGUUUUCUUUUUUCGUUUUAUGCCAGACCAGACGUAUCAUUCAACAUUCGUCUCCUGAAGGCAGUGCAGUUGAUGGAGUUCCCUCUUCUAAGACAGUGGAUCACGCAGAUAGUCAAUGAAUAUCUUAAAUUUGGUAACUGCAAUUUUGCAUUUGCUAUUUCUCACGUUUUGUUCACUAGUAAUGUUGUGUUACGACUGUUAGAGAGAUUUAGAGUGACGCUUGGGGCACUAACGGCAAACGUCAGAGUUCAAGUUGAUAUCUCUGACAAAAACUGUCCAGGACAAUUUUAUGGAAAACUAACGCGACACUACUAAUUUUUGGGGGAGAAGUAAUGAACAGUAAACGACAAGUAAAGGGGAAACUUGGUCAGGUGGUACAAAUUCGCGUUUUCUGUUUGCCGUAAACCUGACUCUAAAUCUCUCUAAUGACUUUGAAAAAUUUCGACAAAGUUUGGAUUUUACUGGGAUACUGGCUGAUGCACGCCUGGCAAUUACCUUAAUGCUUUAAACUGAAAUUGUACCACGGAAGGAUUGAACAUGUACCUCAACUGGUAACAUGAAAGUGAAACGUCCGUACCAUUCCACUUCCUAACUACAAAGUAUGUCGGUUUCAGUGGUCGCGGGCUUGUUCUGACGUAUAAGUUUUUGACUUCCUUGUAAUAAAGUUCCCUUCAAAUAUAUGACAGAAAAAAAAUGCCUUGUUCCUUAAAUAACUGCCCCACGUAAGAGAAUCCAAGACAGUCUUGGAUUAUGGAUUCCACGCCGUGGAUUCCAGAUUCUAGGUACUGGAUUCCAGCAUUUGUCAGUGGAACUUGGAUUCUGGAUUGAGGUCGUUAGUAGGAUUCCGGAUUCCUUGAGCUGUAUUCCUGAUUCCAAAGCCCAGGAUUCCGGAUUCCACGAGCUAAAAUUUCCCUGAUACCGGAAUCCGGAUAGGCCCUUUGCAGCUAGCCAUUCACGCGGUACAAAACCGCCAUGCUGGAGAGAAACGUCGCACUGGGACAAGGCAAUCAAAGGAAAUUACCAUUUAAAAUUAUGUAUGUCUUUUGUUUGUCUUGGCCCAUUGCGACUUUUGCUCUCCAGCGUGGCGGUUUUGUACCACGUGACUGCCUAGCUGCAAAGGGCCUAUUAGGGUUCACUAAAAGGUUUAACGUCUUGUUCUCACCUGCAGCUCUAGUGGAUCCUGGUCACGUAACAAUUCCUUUCUGUGAUGAUCCUGACGUUGUAGGAAGAGGUGCAGCGUAUGGUAGGUAACUUUGAACAGAAAAAAAAACUUUGAAGAGUUACCUUACUUAAAAUAUAUACUGCUUAUCAACCUCGUCUGUUCGGUCAUUACAAGGUCAAUACAUCAAGGCCGAGGACCUGAGCCUGCGAUCAAUUAAAACCAACAACUGGUCAGCGGAUAACUUUAAAAAACACGUCACCUCAAUGAGUUGUACACUUGAGCCCGCGAUACAGUCAGGUGACACAAUAUGCGUUAUUGACCAAGUGUGACCUGAGGUCAAGAUGUCUGGAUAUUAGCCAAGGUCUUUUCUUGCGUUUUAUGGACCUACACGAAGAACGAGACCAAUAUCCGGCCAUCUAGACCGAACAAGCUUGGUAAAUUAAGGAUUUACUAUAUUUGACAUCAUUCGGCCUUUAUUUUUAAGCAUGUGGAGUUCUUACGCUGACGAUUAACGGAGGAUCUCAUGGAAAACUGACAGGUUAGAAAGCGUUUUUGUUUUCCUGUUUACCAUGGUAACAGAGCGUUUUCACAUGACGUCACAGCGGCCAUAUUGUUGCCCCAAACAUUGAAACGCCGGCCAUGUUGGUGUCCCAAACCAGUCCUGUGGGAGUUGAACUCUUUUCUUAUGUAAACGCUUUCUUUUGUUCCAAUAAAUUUGCAUAGAUGCUGGCCACGUGAGUGAAAACACUCUAUAGACAGUAUCCGCCACACGUUUCUGAUUAUCGUGACUGGCGACCGGCAAGCAGAACCUCUACUUAUUUAUUGGGGAUGAGAAAAGGAGUUCUACCUAAAUCGCAUCAAGCCUUUAAAGUCGCCGCAACCCGACCUUCUGGACUAGUCAAUCUUGUUUUCACUCGUCAAUCUAGCCUGCGAGCAAGCUCUUUCGGGCGCUCUGGCGGCGGGGCGGGAAAAGGAAGGAGAGCUUGCAACCACGUCCCUGGAAAUUGAAUUCCGCCCCCAAUUCCCCUGUGGCUCCCCGUCGACUGAACUGUCAGAUUGCCGCCAGUCAGCGCGAAGCAGAAACGAGCGCGAAUGUAAACAAACAUUGAAAAACAUGUGCCAAGGAUAAUGACGUCAUUACUAAUGUCCUCUCCAUCAAUCAGCAUUUGGCAUCGACUUUUUUGAUGCAGAUAUUCAAAUUCCAGAGACGUAGUAGCAACCUCUCCUUCCUUUUCCCGCCCAACCGCCAGAGCGCCCCGGAGAGCUUGUUCGCAGGCUAGUCAAUCUGGUUUUUCGAUUGCGAGCAUCCAUUCAUUGAUUAAACUCAUGGUUACAACUGAGCCCACUAUACCAAACGCAUGGCUAUUAAGCCUGGGUUUGAAAUUGUAUCCUAGCAACAUGCGGCGCAUGCUCAAAUAAGAUCUUACGCCAUUCAUGCAGCUAGAGUAAUUCUCGAGUAAGCAAAAAUCGAGAAAGCAAAAGAAAGAUUCUUCUGGUUAGGUGCGUGAUUGGGUGCAGUAUCAAUCGACUUCACUUACUUGCAUGAUGUUGUUCACCAACUCGUUUGCGUUCUAGAUGACCCUUACUGGUGCUCUGUGAAGAUUGCCGGUCAAAAGCGAUUUACCAGGGAGGUGAUAGGAGAUACCGCCUGGACUGAAAAUAUAUCCUUACUGGUGUAUCACCUGUAUGCAGACAAGGUAAAUACAGAAAUGUUGGUUACAUUUCACCAAACAGUGACUGAGCAUUAGAUCUUUAAUGCAAACAGUGCAAACUUGAAAAAGCUUUCGGGACCUCAAAUGGGUUCAAGGCUCCGGAAAAACGCUCCCCCACCGAGGGUAUAGUUUUUUGGGAACUUCAGCAACGAUCACGGAGACGUCAGUGAAAACGUCACGCUAUUUUUUUUUUCAAACUUUGUGAACCGUAUUCCAACAGGCUUAUGACAUGUCAAAAAAAGGUGACAUUUGCAUUAACUGACUUCCCGGGGACCGCACCAAAGUUUAAAACAUCGCAAGUUUAUUGCCUUUUUAACGUUCUCCUUCACCUCACUGUUGACACCGUCAUUGAUAUAAUAAUCCUAAUAAGCCUUUGAUUGAUUGACGAAGAUUCCCAUUGUUGUUUGCUUUGCCUAGCUGACAGUGACACAACCCGUGUUGCUCAUGUUUUCCUUUUUUUCAGCUUGUAAUUAAACUCAAAGGAAGAAGAAAACUUGGUACGAAGUACACCAUCGCUGAACAUGUCUUGCAGUUAUCCACACUAUGCCUGGAGAGCAAUCCUCAUCAGUAAGUGCUCUAGGGAAAUGUGCUGACAAAGUUUAAAUUGUUUCUUACUCGCAGAAAUUGUCGAAGUUAAAAUUCAGAGGGGGGGAUGCCGAAAAAACAAAAGGGACCACGCAAAAGUACUGCUCAAGAGGUUUCAUUGAAAGUGCUACACCUAGUAUUUUGUGCACUAAAAAUGGUGAUUGCGGUAGACAGACUGCUUCUAAAUUUUGUUUCGGGGAUAGAAAUCGAGAAAGGGCGCAGUUGUGCCUAAAAUACUUUAACUUGAAUUCUAACUAUAAUCCUACAAAACUUUCAUUCUAACCCGUACCUGCACUUGCGAAUAGACCUUAUAGAGAGUUUGCUCAUUCUAGACAACAGAAAAUGAAGAUGGCAAAUGAUGGGUGUAAAUGAUCAUUGUUACUUUUUUGGAUGCAGUAGCGACUAUAAAUGUCCCCACAGCAAGCAACAAUGACUAAAAACUGGUCGAAACUCGAACUGAACAUUUUGCAUGACUAGUAAAUAGUUGUCUCCUUUUAAUAGAAUAAACAAACUCGAGCGCGAUUUCUCGUAUUGGCCAAUUUUUUCGCUUGUUUGCUCCCUGAAAUACCACGUGACAUUAUUUUUGUCCCAUCAAUCCUAAAGCGCGGACAAAGUUGGCGGGUAUCGUGAAUAAGGUCUAUUGAACCCAACGGAAUGGCGGCCAUUCUCUCUGUCACAAAAAAAUUACGUCGUUUUCAAGCAGGCUAGGCUGACUCUUUUUCACGUUAAAACCAUGUGACGUUCACACACGUUCACCACUGCCUCAAAAAGACAAGAGUGCAAUCUCGAGAGCAACUUAUUAAUCAGUGAUUUCUAUGAGCUAGUAUUACCCAUCAGCUUUAUUUUUAUUUAACGUAUAGUGUACAUUCUAGAACGGAUUUUGUUGUGAUUCAGAGACCACGCACUGGAAAAGUCGUUCAGACCCGCUACUCUCACACUACAAAUGGAAUACACGCCACUCCCAGUGAUUGACGUAAAUCACUCGAUCCCACACGAAGAGUUUAGCAGAAACUAUGCAAGUAGACUACGAAAUCUUUACCCGAAUGAAGGUAAAUUACAUAGUAGCACUUGUACACGUCCUAAAAUGGCGAGCUCCCCGACAAAAUUAGCAAUUUGAACAAUCACCUUUAAGUCAGGCAAAAGCCUUAGCGCCUGUUUACAUGGAGUGGGGGACCCAGGUCUGGUGGGGUUGGUUUCUUUUGUUUUCACGCUAUGGGGGACACAAAACAAAAGAAACCUACCCCACUAGACCGGGGUCCCCCACUCCAUGUAAACAGGGUCUUAGAAGACGUAAAAACGUGUUAAAAACAUCCACGGGUGACCAACCCAGCGCAAUUUUUUUACUCUUAUAAAUACCACACUUUGACGGCAACUUUGCCAUACAGACGAACAGACACCCGACAAAAUGGAAUGCUUUUGUAAAAUACAUCUCUCAGAAAACUUCCGUUUGAGUAAGGUAACUGUUUGACUUCUAUCUCUGAAAGUGAAGAAAUGAUCGUCGCAGUGAACGCAAUUUUCAUAAAUUGCGUAAAGAAGCCUGAAAAAAAAUUCAGGGCUUCAACAGGGUUUGAACUCGUGACCUCGCGAUUACCGGUGCGAUGCUCUACCAACUGAGCUAUGAAGCCACUGACGUUGGGAGCAGGUCAAUUGUGGGUUCAUAUGUUCCCGUGAAAGAAAUGACUGUUAAUGAUAUAUGAAAUAAGUCAUAUAUGAACUGCGGAAAUGAAAUGAAAAUGAAGAAAUGAUCGUCCGCAGUGAACGCAAUUUAUUUCAUAUAUCAUUAACACUUCUGUUUCUGUUGAUGUCAGUUUCAGGUGUGUUAUUGGUGUGCGCCCACAGCGGCCACAACUUGGUACCCAUGGACAAACACGGUCUCAGUGACCCCUACUGCGUCAUUUAUGAAAAUAGCAGACAGGUAAAAAUAGGGAAACAUUCGCCACUUUAGAAACGAGAAGGAACUGGGCCGAGUUAACUCACGCAAAGACUUCUGGAACUGUUACUAGGGACAGAAAAAAAAAAUUGGCCAAUAGCUGACCGGCGCGUCACCAGUAACGAUCCCAGAAACAAUUGCGGGAGACAUUUUGGCUCCAGUUCCUUCUUACUUCUAAUGUUGCAAAUUAAAAUCCAGGAGUCAUUUCACAAGUAGUUUGAGUAUGAUCGUCCGGGUGAACAUAGUCCUGAAUAGGACUGUUUUUGUUGACAGUGACUGACGUUUCGACAACCUGUGCAGUAGUCAUCUUUCAUAGGCAAACGAAAGAUAUAAACGUACAAAUCUUACUCCAAACAAUGAAAUAUACUGAAGUGAAAUGAUAUCACUUCCUGAAUUACCUCUUCAAGUCUUUAUACAACUAACGGCUACGAAGGAAUCGAACUGAAAGGAUAUCUCACUUCUCAACAGUUAUUUAAAAAAAUACAAUCCCGCACUCCAUUUACUCAAGCGUGCUUUGCUGUCGAGGGACACUAAUUUCUAAUGAAAACUACGAUAAUAUGUUCUCAAUAGACAGUUUUCAAAUACUCGCGGCUUCUGAGCGUAAACGCUUUAAAAAAGCGCCGUGGUCUUGUAUCCACUAAAAACGAACUGCUGUAGCUCAACCGUAUUUAUGUAUCUAUUUUCAGGCCAAACGAGGAGAGACCGUUAAAGGAACUUUGAGUCCUGUUUGGGAUACAAUGGUGGAAAUACUUGUAGCCGAUUACACCCAGGUUUGUUGUUAUUUGUGCCAGAUGCCGAUCACCCUCACCUGCUGGUCCCCUGUACUGUUUUGAUGGUCAUGCAACGCAAUGCAUUGUGUGGGAUUAAGACGAGCGAGUCAUAUUUGGUGACGUCAUCGCUCAAGAUAGAGCCCAGGCCCCUAAUUGUUUAAAAGGUGGAUAACGUGAUCAACUAGAUAAGUCUCUAACUACUGGAUAGCACAAUUGGCUUCCCUAAUACUUAUUCAGUGGAUAGUGCUUUACACGGUGGACAGCGCUAUCCAAAGUUUGAAAAACUGAGGCCAGGGGUCCAGUUAUUCGAAAGGUGGAUAACAGCAUCAACUGGAUAAAAAUAAAUCUAGUGGAUAACGCAACUGGUUUCCCUCAUACUUAUCCUCUGGAUAGUGAUUUAUCCCUUGGAUAGCGCUAUCCAACGUUUGAAAAACCAGGGCCAGAGCCCCUAACUCGUUUGUACUGAGAAGAUCUUAGAAUUAGACAGUAUUUUUCCACAGCAGUGAUAUCUUUUCAAGACAUGGUGUGUAGUUACAGUCAUAUUCAGGCUUUUAUCCUAUUUUAUUUUUCAGACAACGCUAUCUUUUGUUGUUCUGGAUAAAGAUACAAAUGCCAUCAAGAUGAUCAAAGAUGACCGAGAUGAUUUUAUGGGAUCGUGCAACCUGUCCUUGACUCAGGUAAAAGAAAUCCCAUAAAGCCCAACCCAACCCUCCCCUAACCUAACAUUUUGCUCUAAGAAAGAAGUGAUUGCUAACGUUAGGUAAGGGGAGGGGUAGGUAGGGAGUUUCCCACGAUCUUACACAAGUAAAAGCGGCCAAAGUAAAGUUUGUUGCCCACAGUGCUCGGCGCGUACAGUGCGUCUUUCACGCGGGAAAUUUCAAACCUACUCUGCUGAUUGCUUGUAUUAUCAUAGAAAUCAACCAUAAACAUGAAGAUGAUUUAAUUGGCCGUUGCGAUCUCAGGCGCUAUUUUGCUCUUUUCAGGAUUCGCCGGUGCUUUUUAAGAAAAAUCUAGACUUGAUGUACAAAGUUAAGGGCUCUGGUAUGAUGAAGGCGGGAAAAUUAUGUGUGUCCGCUAUCUUUAGACCUGUUCCGUCAGUCGUCAAGUCAGGUGAGUACAAAUACCUCAGCUUAGCACCCAGGCCUUCUCAUGCGCUUGCUCGUGACAUUGGGCGGGAAUUUGUCACUUUUGGCCACACACUGUCCCACCAAGUCUCAGAAAAACUGAUAAGGAAUGUUGUUCGAGUGUGAGCAGCCGUUCCUUUGGGGAGAAGUGUGGGAGAUUAGAGCUCACUGAACGUUUUAUGCCGUUGAUUAUACUUAUUUCAUCUCUUUUCUUUUAGAAACGAGAGAAAAGGGCCAAGGCCUACCGGAGGGACAGUCUCCAGGACCAGUAAGUUACCCUGAUUACUUAUAGGGUUAUAGAAUGGUACCUUGAAAAACGCGGGUCUCGGGAAAUUUUGGCACGAUCUCGAAACCUCGGAAGCGUUUUUGAUGGGUCUUAACGUCUCGAUUUCGGAUGAUUUUUGCGUCUCGGAGUCUGAAUUUUCUUUUCGGCCGAUCAGAGUGGCCGAUGGGUCUCGGAGUCUCGAAUGUGUCGUAAUUUCCUUUCGUUCGGUCUUCAGGAGUCGAAUUUUUCAGAGUUCACGGGUACAACUUAUCAAACUAAGCCAGUAGAUUAACACCUUAAAACAAGACAAAGCAGUAUAUUGGUGGGCUUCCGCUAGCUUCCAUUGGCGUUUAUGGUCAAUUUAUUAAGCUUUAAUUUAUUUGUACCAUUUCCUCUAAAUUUUCGGCGCUUAAGUCUCCAGCUAGGAUUUUUUAGACGUAAAGUUUCGGGCUAUGAGUUGGUAAGAACUUACCAUUUUAUAUUUUAAUACCCUUUUAGCAAAAGUUUAAAAACUGACGCCUGACAAUCGACCCUGUAAUUCUCGUCCCAGGCUGUUAUCCCAAAAAUUCAACACAACUGAAAAGCGAAUUCCUCACAAGUUCGAGGAAAAGUUAACUCGUUGGUUUCGUGUAUUUAAAUAUUUAGAGAGAUGUCAAAACGGAGGCACAAACAUUGGAAGCUUUGCUGAGAGCAGGUAUUUAUAUAAAUAUUACUACUGAAAAAAUGCAAGGAACAGAACUCACAUCCGGGCGGUUUUAGCAUUCGAAAACAAACAAUUCGAUGAGUGCCGUUCCAGGCGCGGGAAAAAUGAAGCGUGCAUGUUGCGCAUGUCAAGUCAAGAUAGUUCUAUAGCAAUUGGAUUUUUCGAAUGACGCUGGGAAAAGAAAAUUGAUUCGAAAAAUCAGAGGUGAAAUACAGUGUUUGACUGGUAAAGGGAAGAUGAGUUGGGUUCGAAUAUUCGAGGGUUCGAGAAAUUGGAAUUCUGCUGUAGUUUACUUCUACGGAUUAGCUAAAAGAACCGUUUGCCUUGAUAGUGUAGCAGAUCAAGCGAGGUGAAGUUUUUAUAGACCAAUUCAAAGAAAUUGUUUGUACUUUUUUCACAGAAAGAGGAAGUAUUGAGGUUAACAUUUAUCAGGGGCGCGGUUUGGUAGCAAAAGAUGUAAACGGUAAGAAAGCAGGCUUGCAGGUAACAGGGCAUUUGAGACUGGGAGCAAGCUCUCCAUUUGAGGGGAAUCGUAAAAAGUACACGCGCGAGUGUCAGGCGAAGGGAGACGCGUGGAUCGCUUCGCUCGCCCAAGUAGAGAGCUUGCUCGCAGGUUACAGAGAAUUUCGUGUUUCAGUUCAUUUUACUUUGGAUAAUCUCUCGGAGAGAGAGAGCUCAGAACAUUGCACACACACAAACAGAAAAAAAAUUGGGGUGACUUGCGGUUAAAUAAAGAAAGGAAAUAAAAUGUGCACGAGGAAAAUCGACUCGCGCCCUUUGGAUGAAAUCUUUCAGCGUUGUUCUAGACUAAACUUAAAACGUAAAUGGGAGGAAGUUGUGAGAAGUGCACAAGGAAGGUGAGGUGAGGUGGGGUCCCAGAACACUCAACAGUUCAUUGAGGGGGAAGGGGUGAGAGGUGGUCCCAGAGCUGUCCAUUGAGGGGGGAGGGGAGUGAGAUUUGGUCCCAGAGCUGUUUAUAAAGGGAAAGUCAGAAAAAGAAAAAGUCAAGAAGAUUGUCCAAUUCAAUCUCCACCCGUUUUUCAGGUAAAAGUGACCCGUUUGUAACAGUGAAGCAGGGAAGUGAAGGAAGAGAGAAGUUUAGAACACGAACUAUUGACAACACACUUGAGCCAGUAUGGAACGAAUCAACAGUGGUGGCCAUGCCUGACACAAACGGACUGCUGCUUUUGGUAACGAUUUACAUACAGUGGAACCCCGUUAACACGGUCACCGAUGGGUAAAAAAAAAAUUGGCCGUAUUAACGAGGUUUUUUUUUUUUUACAAGAAAAUGUAUGGCCGUUUUGCCAGGCGGCCAAAAAAACGUGGUCGUAAUAACAAAGUGACGUAUUACCGAGGUGGCCGUAAGGCGGGGUUUCACUGUAAUUAAAAAUUAAAAGCAAACUGCGAUUGUUUGUACAGAGACAAUGCAACCUUUCAAAAAAGACGAGAAUCGGCUUUGGAUACCGUGAAACCACAGAAGAAUAGACAACCACAAAGCCGAAAUAGCCUCUGCAUUCGAGUAAAGGCAGAGUUAUAAAAUUGAGAACAAAAGUUAUUAAUCGAAUACGAUUUCCGGUGCUCAAUUUGCCCUUCUUUCAUUGGUCAAUUCGUUUUUUCGAUCUGCGCGCUGCACGUCAAAGUCGUUGUCUUUGGUAAAAGAACACAUAGAAGACUUCCGCCCUUAUCUAUUUACAAAAUGACUGUAAGUUUGGCUUGUUCCUGCAGGAAGUAUGGGAUAAAGAUCCACUGUCGCAAGAAAGAAUGGGUCAACUUGCUUUUACAACAGAGAAACUUAAAGACUUAGGAAUGGUAAGAAAAACGAUUACCUUGUCUCAGGUCGCUCUUAACUCUCGCCAGUACCAUUGUUUGACCAUUUAAGUCCUGAUUCUAAUUUCUACCUUUCAAAGAAGGAAGCCUGCAAAAAGAAGCAAAGAAAGUAAUGAAAUAAUUGUAUUUAAUAUGGCUAGUCUAAAUCAGUGUUCACGAACUACUUAAAUAGUCGAUCUAAAGUUAAGCAUCUUAAGAAACAAGGCUGACCGUUCGAUUUAUCGCCGCUAAUAAACCAUCAAGAAAAUAGGCCAUUUCCGAGUUCCAAAAACUCUCACUUUCAAAGCGAGACUAGGUGCGAAGCCAUUGACAUGAAAAUGAUUUUUAAUUAUGAUGCAAAUAAAACUCAUUUUCACAACAAAGGUUUCGCACUUAGCCUCGUUUUGAAAGUGAGAGGUUUUGGAACUCGGAAAUGGCCUAUUACGACUUCCUCACAAGUUUCUGCUUACAUAAACGGUUAAAGGUUUGUUUAUAGUGGAAAGUGCACUUAGCUUGUCCAGCUAGUUUACAGGCACUCCACUCAAACAAUUCUAAAAUAAACUAUCCAAAUAAAACAUAACAGGAUUAAAAACCCCAACUGGCAGGAGGCAACCAGUUGUCUAUUUACAAGCAUGGUUGAGGAUUUGAACUUAGGAAAACCAAGAACAAAUCCAGCAAAUGGCCAGAGCGGGACUCAAACCCGAGACCGACGGAUUGCGUGUCCGACGAGCUGGCCACUCGGCCGCGCUUACAUGGGAAGACAAACGGUAGGGAAAAGCGACAUGUUAGUAUCGACUAGGAAAACAUUUUCGAGAUCCUUUUCUUUUUUCGUUUCACAAACGUUUCUCUCUUUGUUUUCCUCUGCAGGCUCCGUAUGAGAAGCACUGGUAUCGACUUCGCGGAGUGAAAAGUGGAGAACUACAAGUGGCAUUCAAGUACACUCCCCCAGAGGUCAAAAAAGCUGUAAAGAAAUUAGUGUUUUUUUUUUUUUAACUAUAAAAUACAAAUCAAUCAGAAGCACACUUUGCCUUUAUACGAAUAAAAAUCAUAGGCAUACAUCUCAGUUUAUAAAUCCUUUAGUUUACAUUUUAUUUUCCAGCAAAAACCAAACAUUCGCGGCCAGAAAUUGUGCGAACACAUAGCUCACGGGAGUUCAAACUAACUUUAAAAUAUGUGGACAGAAUCCUGUGACUUUACUACUUAAAUGAGACCUCUUUGGCAGACGUUUUACAUAAUACUAUUUUCAACUACUACCCAGGAUUUCCAAAAAAAAUGGAAUUUUUUGUGAAUUUUUCACUUUGUCCAUUAGUAGGAGUGAAAGGGUUAAUAUAAAAAUUAAAUUAACGUUACAGGCAGCAGAUGAGUACACCAAUAACACAGGGAAUCCAGUCAUCCGAAAGCCAAGAGGUUUGUAUGUUAUGGUAUUUUACUACACAAACCAGUUUCCAAUCGAGUAUCACAAUUCAACCAAUCGCAUCUCAAGUACGUGUAACCGGUGGACAGCGCGGGAAAAUGGGCGUGAGCCUUGAUCGUAGUUCUGAUUGGUGGAGAAAAUGGCAUGAUAUUUUUUGGGGGCCAAUCACAUUGCGUUGCAAUGCAGCUAAAGCAAUCACGACUAGGCCUUUCCGAAAGAUACUUGAACACUCUUAAAUGUGGAGAUUCAGCCUCGUUUUCGGGAAAAUUGUGGCACAAAAUGUCCGUGCUCUCAAUAUCUUGCAUAUUAAGGACGUUUGCAUUAGAAUGAAACGGUGCAAUGUGGUGUAUUAAGGUCGGUACACACUAGGCGACAAGUUGCUGCAACACGUCGCGGCGACAGAUCACUCCGUGUGUACAGGUCGGGCGACUAGUUGCAGCAACAAGGUGAGGCGACACGUCGCAGCGACAAAUCGCUUCGUGUGUACUGGAGAAUUUUUGUGAAAAUCUUUGUCUCCGCAACAGAAUUUUGUCGCUGCAACAAGUCGCAAAAAAUCAAAUCAGACUGAAUCUGUGCGACUUGUUGCGGCGACAAAUUCUGUUGCAGCGACAAAGAUUUUCACACAAAUUCUCCAGUACACACGAAGCGAUUUGUCGCUGCAACGUGUCGCCGCGACAUGUUGCUGCAACUUGUCGCCUAGUGUGUACCGACCUUUACGGUUCCUCUGAUUUUUUUUCUUUCACCUCAGAACUUCAACUUUAUUUGCACUGUUCAGAAGCCUACUACUUUUAGUUAGCAUUUGAUUCGUGAAAAUCACCCCAGGCGAGAAAGUCGAGACACACCGGGGAGAGAGAAAAAUGAGCGUCUCGCCUUUCUCGCGUGGGGUGAUUUUCACGCGCGCUCGCGUUUCGCUCGCUCUACUAUCCCGGAGGAAAAAUGAGGACUACUCGUAGUCUACCAUACUGAGGUUGUAAAUUUUACUUUCUACCGCAGCAAAAAGUUCAGUGGCAUCUUCCGACUCGCUGAGUUCCAACGGUUCCCUACCUUUCUCCGUAACCCAGUCUACCUCGUCUCCCUCGACACCCGAAAAGCCGCAAAAGGAAGAAAAGAGCGGUGUAACGUGGGGAGGUCUCGUUCAGAGCAUAAAGAGGAAAGAGGAGAGAAGAACGAAGAUGAACGAAGAUGGUACUGCCGUUUCUCCCAGUGCAUCCCCACGGGUAGAAAAGAAAGACACUUAUCAGCUUAAAGACUGGCCUAGCAAGAGUGGACGCCUAAAAAGCGCUGUUGUUGAGACGGUCCGUUCUCUUCGUAGGGACAAAGUAUCGGCUGGCGCUUCCUGGAAUGAAAGCAAUCCCGAUGCCGACAGAGUUGCAGAGAUGAAAAGCGACACGGAAACACGAAAGCCCAAGAGUGCAAGGCUUCUCCGAAAAAAGUUCUCGUUUAUGAAAGAUCGUCGACCACGCAGCAGGAGUGAAAGCAAUAUACCGGAGAUUUCCUCGUCACACGAUGACAUGAACCAAAAUCACAACCCGAAAGAACUUAUUCGGCGAAGCAGUGAGAAUUUAACCGGCUCGACAUCGCUAAAUCGUCAAAGGAGCUCGGAAAAUAAUUCCUACUCCCUCCCCAACAGCCCCGCCACAGCGGUUGUCGCCAGGAGUUAUUCCACGCGGCUCGUGCGAAGAAAUAAUUCACGAAGCACGGUUUCUUGCAGCUCAACCUCCCGUGGCUCAAGCCCCACGCACUCGGCUCAGGAAAAAUGUCCCACCUGCGAUUUUGACGUUUUAAUCCUGACUGAAUGCCCAAGCUCUACUGUUCCAGAUGAGAAUAACACUACUAUUUCGACGCAGGAAAGAUUAAUAAAUUAA